AUGGCUCACUUGAUCGGCGAAAAGGACAGCAACAAAUUCGUCGUGACCACCUGCGUGCAUGUACUCGAUUUGCUCAUCGAUAAAAACGAACUCGCCGUGUUCUCCGUCUUCUUUCCAAAGCUCUUCGCUCCCUUCCUGGUCAUCACACAGCAGCCUUAUUACGGAACUCUUCAAUACGACGAUCCUUCGCACACUUCAUGGGACAAUGCGUCCAUCGAACGAGCCAUUCGUGGUCUCACUCGCAUUAUGAUCACAGGUUCUGUUAUGCCUAACAUCAUGGAUUCCUGCUCCCUUCUCAUCCCCGCGGUUUUCCAUGCUUACGUCUUCGCAGAAAGCAGCAAAUGUGCUGAAAAAGCAUAUUUAUUGAAAUUACUGAACACAUAUGUGGUCAAUUCGAUGCUGUCCGUCGACACAUUCCUUCAAAUCCUUCAAGGCAAUGGACUUGCCAACCGUCCUCUUCGAUUUGCUCUCGAUUCAUCUCGAGGCCUCGUUCUACGGCCCUGCAAAUCCACCAAACUCGAUCAGCAAUGGAUUCUCGAUCUGAAUCAACGCGAAUCCUGGGAUCGCGAAGCGUCUUCUCUUCUCUCCUGCUGGCCAACCAAACAAGUUUCGAGAUUAUUUAUCGCAUUACUCGAUCUUUUCUUUCGCUCCCACUUCGCGCCCGUUUCUUUUCAGCCUUUCUCUCCCCAACAAAAGCAGCGAAUCAUUCUCGUAUUGAUCACCAUUACCGAUUCAUCGCGUCUUGAACUAUUCGGCGAUGAUUUAUUGCAGGGUCUUCGCAGUCUCGAACGAAUCAUGCAAAUCGCUCUGAGCUCCGAGCAUUCUUUCGAAAACCCCACGGAACUCCUCGCGAUCUGCAACGAUUUGGUUGUCAUUCUCGCCUCCAGCGCGCUCGACACGCCGCUUAUCGUCGAUUUGGAUCGGAAACAGCGAACAUCCGAGGAGGAAUCGCUGUAUUACCGCGAUCUCAGAGCGGUGAUCGCUCGAAUGCUUCGCGAACUCGACGACCACACCGAGCUGCCCGUCGUACGAGCCAUCCAAACGCGUCUUCAAGAUCUUCACAAUCGCGUGGAAUCCAAAAUCGCCGCUUCGUCCAUUCCUGCACCCCGUUCUUCAUCUCACACUCUAUUAUCUUCCUCCUCCUCUUCAUUUGCAAUCGAAUCUCCUUCCGUGGCUCUUCCUGAAAUCGCGCAGGACUUCCGAAGUCCCUACCAACCCGUGCGGUCGUUCGCUUUAUCGCGACUCCACCAUCUUUUACAAACCAGCGACAAGGAAUCGCUCGCUCCCGAGCUCCCUGCCAUUCUCUCUGCUUUGAAAAAAGGCCUUAAUGAUGACGAUAGCUAUGUGUAUCUCGCAGCAGUGAACGCAAUGGUCAUUCUGGCCUCCACGUUUCAUGAGCAAGUGCUUCCAAUUCUUUUGGAAACGUUCAGUAACGCGAUUGCUCCCUUGGAUCUUCGGCUUCGCGUGGGAGAAGCGAUCGUGUGCACCGUGCAAUACAUGAAAGACGCGUGUGUGAAAUUCGCCAAGCCGUUAAUGAACGCGUUUCUUGGGUACAUGGAUCCAUCCAAUGAACUAACGUGGAAAAAAGUGGAAGCAAAGCGAGAAACCAAAGCGACGGCGGACGAUGAGAUCUUUUCAAUCCAGGCCUUGCGAGCGUCCUGCUUUUCCGCUCUCGCCGAGAUGGUGACGUAUCUGAAAUACGCGAUGAGUCCGUUUAUUCCUGUUCGUUUUCUCUGCGCGUUUCUGAUUCCCGAAGCCGUUCUAGUGCGUCGUGCCGCCGUGUUUCUGCUCUACCGCCUUCUCGAAGGCACGCAGGGCGAGUUGAAAGCCAUUCUGGACACACAGAUCGACCUGGUGGACCACAUUCUCCGCCAAGCGACGGAAGAUCGCGACGACAUCGUGCAAGGCCACGCGGAGGCGGCGCUCGCUCUGCUCUCGACGUACCGAUCGCCGCUCCGCCUGAUCGAAGAAGAGCAGCCCUCUCUUGUUUGA